CUGCAUGCCGGUAUUCAAGAUGGACGUCCAGCGGCACACAUGAUUCUACCGAACGGUGAAAAUGACGCUCGUAAAAUGCUAUUUUUCAUGAAAAGACGGAUCCGAUUCGGAGCUUCGAUCAUGAGCAAGAUGGCUCUGUUUUAUUGAGGGUAGAGCUAAGCUCAGAAAAACUGCAGGAGACACUUCAGUUGUAUAAUUGUGACCAAAAGAAUGAGCAGAUCAUCUACAUUCUUAGAAAGAUGACAUCAGAGUUAGAGGAGGCUAUUCAGAAGGCUGAGGCCAUUCUGCAGCAAGUGGAACACAAACCGCCUAAGCCCAAGACAGUAGGGAGCAGGAAGUCACUUCAUCACAGGCUUCAUGAGCUGUAUGCUGAAGAAUGUAGCAAAGCACCUGGCAAUAAGCAUCUGAAGACAGGUGUUCAUCUUCUGGACAAGCUUGCCAAGAGGGAGAAAUUGACAUGUUUGAUUGUCAGCCUGGGUAGUGAGGGGUAUUCCCUCAUGCUGCGUGGGGAAAAUGGUGCAGAGACUGAAACUAUGAGGCUUCCGUAUGAGGAAUCAGAGCUUCUAGAAUAUCUGGAUGCCGAAGAGCUUCCACCUGUACUUGUGGACCUGCUGGAGAAAUCCCAGGCCAACAUCUUCUACAAUGGGUGCGUCAUCACAGAGGUCAGGGAUUAUCGGCAGUCGGGGAACGGACAGAACUACACCACCCGCUACGUGCUACUCAGACCGACGGCCCAGACUUUGCUGUGUGACAUCAACUCCAUUGUGAAUGAAGGCCAAAGAUUCACCAAUGAUGAGAAACUCCAUCUGGAGAGCCAGUUACUUCUAGCCACUCAAGAACCUCUCUGUCUAGAGCCGUCUGUAGCAGUGACCUGCAUAGAGAAUAGGUUUCAUCAAGACAGGCACAGACUGAACGGAAGACCCCUCAAAAGGUGUAUGAAGAGGUAUUCGCACAUGUCCAGGGCCCGUCAGGCCAUCCUAAAAACCCUCCCUGCUCCUAAGGAGCUGGGUCUCAUUGAUUUCCUCUCUCGUCGCAAGGACAGAACACCAGCUGUGCCCGUCAACUUGAAAGUUGGCAAGACGUGCGUAGACAUGUGGAGGCAGCGGGAAAUCGACCACUCAGCUGCUGAUGUGUCUGUGAUUGAGCAGCAUGCUUUAUGUCAAGAGAGACCACGCCCCAAAGACAAUUCACUUGUUACAACAGUGGAGGAGAUUUUGGAGACGGACAGGGGCAACGGCAAGGUGCACUAUGCCCGCGUGUCUAUCCAUCAACACCAGCUGGACCAGAGCUACGUUGGAGAGUUGUAUUAUGACAGGGAUUACAACGUUCACGAGGGCAAGAGGCCAGGGGUCACAUGCAGGUUUUCCCUCGGUUCAUUCAAAAAUGCACAAAUGUAUUUGCAUCAGUUCCGAGACCUGUUCACCGAGGAGGGUCGGCGGCAGGUCAAGAUUACCCGCAUUGUCCCCGGCCAGAACCAGUUUGCCAACACCACCAUGCCGGGGCCGUCAGCAGGUGCUGCGCCCCAGGGAGCCGUAGUUGGCGUGGCAAACGGCAGUGGUGGUGGCAACAGCAGCACGGCCUCGCUGCAGCAGAACAAUAGCAAUAACCAGACAGGCCAGACUGCCAGUGUCGUCAUUAAGACGGAGCCUGGACAGCCAGACGGCAAUACACUCAGGUUGUCUCUUGGUAUCGGCAGCUCAGGUAGCCUGAACUCCAACCUGGCCGGCCCGGUGGCCCAGCCUUCACUGCCAGGUCAAGUGUUUCCUACGAGUACAAUAGCCCUUGCUGCAGCAGCGCAGCAGCAGCAACAACAGCAGCAGCAGCUUCAAACUCAGCCGACGGUGCCUAUACUCAGCCCACCACUCAGCAGCGGGCGACACAAAGGAGGCAGGCAGCCACCAGCCUACCUUAACCUGUCCAGGGCUAGCAGCGUUCCUGCAGAUGGUGGUAUGAUGAUUGCCUCCCCUCAAGGAACCCCAACAUCCCUGCCGGCCUCCUCACCAUUGUCUGGUUCUAUGGCCCCGCCCCCCACACCGCCUCCGUCCUCCACCCCAUCGGCCCCAGUCACGCCUGCCUCGCCCUCCCCGAGCAUCAUCCCCAACCCAGUCCGGGUGACCACACCCACCCUGGAGGGCGUAGCCGGAAGAGUGACCAUGCCCACGGGGAUGGUGAACAGCCAGGCGGGUUUGUUGCCCCACAGCGUGGCUGUGACAAUCACUAUGGCAGGCGGGGGCAGUAUCACUGUUCCUGUCACUAUGGGACUGGUUGCUCCAUCACAAGCAGGUCUUGUGCAGACAGCUGGUGGUCUGAUCAGCUCCCCCAUCAGUGUCAUGACCACUCUCUCGGGAUUCCCCUCCGACAUGAUCAAUCUCUCGGCUGCCACCACCACGACCGCCAGCAUCGCUGCGGCCACCACAGUGGCCACCGCCUCCACCUCCCCGACCCAGGCUGGCAUCAUAUCUGGCCCCGCGGGGCUACUGACCGCACCCAUCAACAUCAUCAACACCGGUCAGGGGGGUUUGCUGGGGACCGGGUCGGUCAACCUGUCCACGGGGACUCAGCUAGCAGCAGCCACAGGCAUCACGCAGGCCAGGCUGCCCCAGCUGAAUGUCGGCCUGAAGGGAACCAGUGCACUCCGAAGCCCAGGCCAGCUCUCUCUACUUCCGCAAGGACAGCAGCAACUGCUGUACAACGCCACCCUGCAGCAGCGAAUUCAACAACAGCUGCAGCAGCAUCUCCAGCAACAGCUGCAGCAGCAGUCAACGGCGGCCGGCCAAUCCCAGCGCCAAGGGGCCAAUGUGCAACAGCAGCAACAUCAACAGACGGGCGGCAGUGCAGGGGCAAAGGCUGCGACUGUGCUGUCGCAACUCACCGCCAUCCAGGCGGGACUACCUCAGCUGGCCACUCACCAGCAGGCCCUGCAACAACAGCAUCUGGCGCAGGUGGCCUACCAGAAGCAUCAGCAACUCCUCCUGUGCCAGCAACAACAGCAGCAACAGCAGCAGCAGCAGCAGCAAGCCCACCAGCAGCAUGCCACCAGCAGCAAGGGGAAGACCAAGAAACGCACCACGCCCACUCCCCCCAAAUGAAGCAUCCGCCUGCUCAGUGCCAAACUUCUGACAACAUUCGACACCCAAGCCUAGGUUCGCCUAAGUGGCACGAUGGACACCUUGGCCGUUUUCAGUCUGAUUUCAGUCUGACUUUUUUUCAUAUGAUGGUACCAUUCGCUUUCAGUGUGAAUUGGUAACUGUGUUCUUCAUCGAGAUGUUCCUCUGCAGAUAGUUGAAAGUAAAAUUGGUCAGUUCAGCCAAGUCUUGAUUGCUGAAAUAAAUUUACAUUUAUAUGUAAACCAACCUGAGGCAGCUCCAAAACCAACUCAGAAACCAUUUUGGAGCAGUGUUGCGGAAAGUUGUUUGUAGGGUAAAGAUCUUUAAGUAGCAUCGAGGGAGAACAAAAAGUAUUGUUAGUUUCAGGGUUUAUCCUGAGCAGAUUUUGUGCGGUGUAUGGUCCAAAAAGAUCUUUACAAUGUAGAAUCAUGUUGAAGGUGUGAUCUGGACAUUGGCUGGCCACAAAAAAAAAACGACCUUGUCCAGACUUUGCUUCAUAAGCUGACUUUAUUGGCUACUAUCAGCUUUGAUGUAACAGAUCAAGCAUGUCUUAUCAAUGCAUCGUUGCAAAACACAGCCUCAUAGAGUGUAGUGUGUCCUGACCUUGUCCAAUCACUGGACACAACAAAUACCAGGUCAGCUUUCCAUGGAUUAGGUCAAUCAACCAAAUUCCCACAAUUGCUUGAACUCGCAUUUGUACCGAUACUGUUGAGAAAGCACACGAGAGAAUGCAAGUGCAGAUGACUUCCUGGAAUGCCACAGAAUGGAUACACCGGUGCAGUUGUUCCACAUUCACAGUGUACAGUUGGCACAAGAUUAGUACAUACCCAGGACGUUCACUCUGCAUUCAUUGCCUUUUUCAAAGUAUAUUUUAUUUUUCUUCUAGAAAAUAUUGUCACUGUAGUAUUUUUUCUUAGAAUUUAUGAUGCACUAUUGAAGUACAUGCAGCAGUGAUUUUUGUCACACGUAUUAGUAGAUAUGUAU